AUGAGUCGGUUCACGAAGCUGAACUAUAUUCUUUUGUUCUUUCUCAUCACGGUGGCUACGCCGGCAUCCGGCGGAUUUUACAUCGGCAGAAGAUAUGUACACAUUCGAAACGACUUGGAAAACCAUGCAAGGCUGAGGAUCCACUGCUGGUCCAAAAACGACGACGUGUUUCAAACGACUUUGGAUCCGAACCAGGAGACAAGCUGGAGCUUCAUCGACAACUACUUCGGAGGCACGAGAUUUGUGUGCGACAUGGAGUUUCUGCUGGAAGGCCGGAUGAGGAGUGGUCGUUUUUUGGUGUACGACAAUAAGAAGAGGUUCAGAAAGCGGGAGUGCUACAAACGGUGUAAAUGGUCGGUAAGGAGAUAUGGGUUGUAUGCAUAUGAUGAGAAGGACAAGAGGUGGGACUAUGAGACUCCAUGGCCAACCAGAAAUAGCUUCCGAUCUUCCAUUGAUCUUCCGGAAUGA